AUGUUACAUUGCUACCUCAGAAAAAAGACCGCCAACCAUGACUUUGUGAGGGCUUACACUGCAAAAGAGCUUUACAAAGCCACCAAUGGCUUUCAUAGGUUGCUAGGCAGAGGAGGCUUUGGCGAGGUCUACUAUGGGGUGUUGAAGUCGCUACACUACCCUGAGAUAGCAGUGAAGAAGCUCAUCAGCUCCAAUGAUUACAGCGAGAGGGAGUUUGGGAAUGAGGUACAGUCCAUCGGCCAGAUCCACCAUAGGAAUCUAGUCCGCAUGGUUGGUUACUGCAAAGAGCGGGCUCAACGGAUGUUGGUGUUCGAGUUCAUGCCAGGUGGUUCCCUUCGGAGCUUCCUUUUCCAACCUCAGCAGCAACCGAUGUGGAGUUGGCGCGCUGAGGCAGCGCUCGGCAUUGCCAAGGGCCUGGAGUACUUACAUGAAGGAUGCAAUUAUCCAAUCAUCCACUGUGACAUCAAGCCCGACAAUAUAUUGUUAGAUAGCAAGAAAAAUCCGAAGAUUACUGACUUUGGGAUUGCCAGGCUUCUUAGUGACCAGCAGAUGCACACCACGGUGACCAACAUCAGGGGCACGAGGGGCUAUAUUGCCCCCGAGUGGUUCCAAAGCGACAGGCGCAUCGACACCAAGGUUGAUGUUUACAGCUUCGGUGUUGUGCUACUAGAGAUGAUAUGCUGCCGAAAGUCCCAGGAGCCAGUGCCUGGUCAGGAUGGUGAUGACUCGGUCAUGCUAUUCGAGUGGGCCGGUCAGUUGGUUGGUGAUGGCAGGACUGAGGUUCUCUUUCAUAGCGAUGACGACGCCAUUGAGGAUUUGUUCAGAGUGGAGAGGUUCUUGCGUGUUGCUCUCUGGUGCAUUGAGCAGAAUCCUUCGCUCCGUCCGACAAUGCAUCAGGUUGUUCAGAUGCUGGAGGGUGUGAUUGAGGUCGACACUCUACCUGCGCCUACAAGCUCCAACUGUUCAUCGCCGUUGACCUCUUCAGUCGACGAGAGCCCUCUGUUGCCAGGUGGUGCUACUCUUGCGAUAGAGUGA